UUUCAUGGUCAUGUCGUUGGUCGGAGGGCAUUACAUUAAGAAGUACGCAGGGAUCCUCUCCGACAAGAUCGGCGCGGCGACCUCCAUUGCGACCUCCAGCUUGUCGCACCUGUCGCUCGUCCAGGCCUUCAACGCCAACGACCGCCUCGAGGCCCGCUUCGCCCAGUAUCUUUCCGAAUCCCGUGUAGCGGCCGUUAAGAAGGCCUGCACGCAUUCCACGCAGCUCGGCUUCCUCUAUUUCGUCGCCUACUCGGCGAACGCCUUGGCGUUCUGGGAGGGUUCGCAGAUGAUUUCGGACUCGGUGGCCAACGACAACAACGGCGUCUCUGUCGGUGCCGUCUACACCGUGAUCUUCGUGCUCAUCGACGCCUCGUUCAUUCUGAGUCAGGUGGCUCCGUUCAUCCACGUGUUCGCGCAGGCGGCCGGUGCCUCCGAACGACUGCUCAAGGUGAUCGAGCGUCCGUCUAAGAUCGACGGCACCGCAGACGACGGAGACAAAUCGGCCAUCUUCGGAGAAGAGGAGAUCAUGCUCCGGGACGUCCACUUCACGUACCCCGCGCGUCCGGACGCCCCCGUCCUGAAGGGGCUGAGCUGCGCCAUCCCGCCGAAGAAACACACCGCUAUUGUCGGACCCUCGGGCGGCGGAAAGUCGACGGUGGUUGCCCUUUUGGAGCGCUUCUAUGACCCCGAUUCGGGCGACGUCAUGAUCGGCGACAAGAACUUCAAGGACCUCAACGUGGGUUACCUGCGGGGGAACAUCGGAUUCGUCCAGCAGGAGCCGUCGCUGCUCGACCGGUCUAUCUUGGAGAACAUCGCGUACGGGCUCGUUUCGUCCUCGGUGGAACGGCACCGGCGAUUGGCCCCUUGCAUUCUGGAUUCGAGUCUGUCUGAAAUGGCUGAGAAGGUCAGGGCCGGCGCGUCGGAGCGCGACGCGCUUGCGGACCACGAUGCCUGUGUCGCUGAGGUCGUCGAGCUCGUCCGACAGGCGGCUUCCAGCGCUAAUGCGCUGAACUUCAUCGAGAGCUUGCCGCAUGGCCUGUCGACUAGUGUUGGCACCGCCGGGAACCAGAUGAGCGGUGGUCAGAAGCAGCGGAUUGCGCUCGCGCGUGCGCUGGUUCGGGAGCCGUGCCUGCUCAUCCUCGACGAGGCGACUGCUGCGCUGGAUUCGACCAGCGAGCAGCUUAUCCAGGCUGCCUUGGCUAAGGUGUCUGAGCGCGUGACUACGGUGUCCAUCGCGCACCGUCUCGCGACCGCCAAGGAUGCGCAUAAGAUCGUGGUCGUCAAGAGCGGCCAGGUCUCCGAGGAGGGAUCGCAUGCGGAACUGGUUGCGCAGGGAGGCGUGUAUGCUGAGAUGGUGCGCCUGCAGAACCUGGGCAAGCUGAGCGUGGAGGAUGCGGCUAUCCCUGAGGAUUUGAUCCGCGAUGAGAGGACGCUGGCCGCGAAGACGACCGAGCCGGCGGACGAGAAGGAAGCCAUGGUCGGGGUGAGCGGGUCCGAUGUCACGGAGGACACGGUGGUGGGGGGAGACUCGCCGCCGGGGUCCAAGGACGGGGACGGCGAUCAGAAAAAGAAGCAGAAGCGGUCCGGGUGGUUUUCCACCAAAUACACGUUCUCGCUCGUGCGGCCCAAUCUGGCUAUGAUCUUCUUGGGUCUGGGCAUGUCUUGCAUUAUCGGUGGAAGUUACUCGGCUGAGGCUGUUGUGUUCGGUCAUACUGUUGGAAGUCUGAGCCCGUGCCGGACUCCGGAAGACAUUAGCAGCGACGGAAACCUGUACGGACUGCUGUUUUUCGUCCUCGCUUUGGUGGAAUUCUUUGCGAACGUGAUCGGCGGCGCGGCUUUUGGCUGGGCUGCUGAUAAGAUCCUGUAUCGGAUUCGCGUCCUGUCGCUGCGGUCUCUCCUCGGCCAGACCCAGCAGUGGCAUGGGGAAGACGAUCGCAGCCCCGGGACCCUGAUCACCCACAUCACCGGCGAUGCCUCCGCGCUGAGCGGUAUCACCGGGUCGACGAUCGGGUUGCUCCUCGCUACGGCCGUGAACCUGGUGGCCGGCUUAGUGGUCUCCUUCGCCGUCGCGUGGAGGAUCACCAUCGUCUUGUUCCCGACUAUCCCAGUCCUGCUCGUGGCCGGUAUGAUGAAACUGCGCGUGCAGGCCAAGUUCGCCGAGAGGCAUCAAAAAGCCUUCGCCAAGGCGACAGCCAUCACAGUCGAAGCCGUGGACAACAUCCGCGCCGUGUCCGCCUUCUCCCUAGAGAAGCAGUCGUACGAGGUGUUCGGUCGCGCGCUGCAGAAGCCCUACCGCGAGACUAUGAAGGCCAUCGCAUCCGGAAACGUCUGGCUGGCGCUGGCGUUCAGCAUCAGCAACUUGGUCUACGCGCUCGCGUACUGGUGGGGUUCGCGCCAAAUCGCCGAGAACCGCUACUCGCAGACGGAGUUCUUCAUCGUCUUGCCGGCUUUGCUGUUCAGCACCCAGUCCUGCGGGCAGAUGUUUGCGCUCGCGCCUGAUAUCUCGAAAGCACGCGUCGCCUCGUCGAAUAUCGUCAACUUGCUCACCACCCGCUCUGCGGAGGAUGAGUUGAGCCCGGGGUCCUCGCGCAGCUUCCAGCCUGCCGGCACCCUGCUAGAGGAGAAAGCGGCCGCGCAGGCGCAGGACGCGGAGAACUCGACCCCCGCGCACAAGCGGACUUCCGACACGGCCAUUGGCGCCGAACUGCGUGGGGUGCAUUUCACCUAUCCCUCUCGACCGGAACAGCCUAUCUUGAAGGGGCUCAAUCUCACCAUCCAGCCUGGGCAGUUCUGCGCGCUGGUUGGACCGAGCGGAUCGGGUAAAUCGACCACCUUCUCGAUGCUGGAACGGUUCUACCGACCCAAUGCGGGGUCGGUCAUUAUCGACGGGGUGGACAUCACUCGCCAGUUUGGUACCGAGUUCCGCGACGACAUCGCGCUGGUGCCGCAAGAGAAUGUCCUCUUCGAGGGGUCGGUGGCGUUCAACAUCGGCCUGGGCGCCUGCCCGGGCCACGAGCCCUCGCAGGCGGAGAUUGAGGAGGCCUGUCAGAUGGCGAACGUCCACGAUGUCAUCAUGGCGCUGCCGCAGGGGUAUGAGACCAUGUGCAGCCACGACGGGAAGCAGUUCUCGGGUGGACAGCGGCAGCGGCUGUCGAUUGCGCGCGCGUUGGUGCGCAAGCCGCGCCUGCUUUUGCUCGAUGAAUCAACCAGCGCGCUGGACGUUGAGUCCGAGAAGCGCAUCCAGGAGGCGCUCGCGACGCUCGCCGGCCGGACGACCAUCAUUGCGAUCGCGCACCGGCUGAACACGAUCCACCGCGCGGACCAGAUCUAUCUGAUUGAGGACGGCCGGUGUGCGGAACAGGGCACGCACCAGGAAUUGAUCCAGCGGAGUGAAACGUAUCGGACGAGCGUGAUCCACCAGUCGCUGGAGACGUAACGUCACUCUUCCGUUUGGGAUAUAACUGGUUCCUAAAGAAAACAGGGGAAAGGGGAGGCAUUAUUGCAUUAUUUUCAUACAUAUUGGCGACUCAUGUGCAUCUGCAUAUAUGGGAUGGUCCUUAAUUAUACCUAUACAUCUGCUGGCGUUGGGGGAAUAGAGGGUUACUUACUACCGUGAUGUUGGACAUAGCAGUCAGUACAUACAUAGGGUACUCUGUCUGUAUAUAGAAUCAAGAUCGUUG